GGGAACGCGUUCCCCAGCAGGACGCAUGCGUACUAUGCUGCGUGGGGGGCGCUCGGCGGAUGUGGAGGUAUGGCAGCCGCUAGGGUCUUUCCAGACGAGUCUCUGCGAGAAUCUACCCAGCGAAAAUUACGAAGGUUCUCCGCGCUGAGAGGCCAACCCGUAGCACCUGGAAAAUUUUGGGACAUAGUUGCUAUAACAGCAGCUGAUGAGAAACAGGAACUUGCGUAUAAGCAACAGCUUACUGAAAAGCUGAAAAGAAAGGAAUUGCCUCUUGGAGUUCAGUACCACGUUUUUGUUGAUCCUGCUGGAGCCAAGAUUGGAAAUGGAGGAUCGACACUUUGUGCCCUUCAGUCUUUGGAAAAGUUAUAUGGAGAUAAAUGGGGAUCUUUUACCAUCCUGUUAAUCCACUCUGGUGGUUACAGUCAACGCCUUCCUAGUGCAAGUGCUUUGGGAAAAAUUUUCACGGCUUUACCUCUUGGUAACCCCAUUUAUCAGAUGUUGGAACUGAAGCUAGCCAUGUACAUUGAUUUUCCCUUGCAUAUGAAACCUGGGAUUUUGGUUACCUGCGCAGAUGACAUCGAACUGUACAGUACUGGAGAAUUUGAGUGUGUUAAUUUUGACAAACCAGGCUUCACUGCUUUAGCUCAUCCUUCUAGUUUGGCUGUAGGCACAACGCAUGGAGUAUUUGUCUUAGAACCUUCUAGCGAUUUAAAAUACAGGGACCUUGAAUACACAUCUUGCCACCGUUUCCUUCAUAAACCCAGCAUAGAAAAAAUGCAUCAGUAUAAUGCUGUGUAUAAACCUGCAAGUUUUGGUCCCGAGUACUUUGCUGGGGGUGAUAGAGCCUAUAUUAAAUUGAAUUCUGAGUAUGUCUACACGGAUAGCCUGUUUUACAUGGAUCAUCAGUCUGCAAAAAAGUUACUUGCUUUUUAUGAAGAAAUAGGCAAACUAAACUGUGAAAUAGAUGCGUAUGGUGACUUUCUGCAAGCUUUGGGACCUGGAGCAACUGUGGACUAUACCAGAAACACAUCAAAUGUCACUAAAGAGGAGUCAGAGUUGGUAGAAAUGAGGCAGAGAAUAUUUCAUCUUCUUAAAGGAACACCACUGAAUGUCAUCGUUCUUAAUAACUCCAAAUUUUAUCACAUUGGAACAACUGAAGAAUAUUUGUUUCAUUUUACUUCAGAUAACAAUUUAAAGUCAGAGCUUGGCUUCCAACCAGGAGCUUUUAGCAUCUUCCCAAAUAUAACAGAAUGCUCUGGUAAGACAUCCUGUAUCAUUCAAAGUAUAGUGGAUUCAGGGUGCUUUGUAGCUGCGGGCUCAGUUGUGGAAUAUUCCAGAUUGGGUCCUGAUGUUUCAAUUGGAGAGAAUUGCAUUGUUAGUGGUUCCCAUAUCAUGACAAAAGCUAACCUACCUGCAUAUUCUUUUGUGUGUUCCGUAAGCUUGAAGAUAGAUGGACACUUAAAGUAUUCAACUAUGGCAUUUGGAGUGCAAGAUAACUUGAAAAAGAAUGUAAAGAUACUGUCAGAUAUAAAGUUACUUCAAUUCUUUGGUGUCUGUUUCCUCUCAUGCUUAGAUAUUUGGAAUCUUAAAAUUACACAGGAUUUGUUCUCCGGAAACAAGGAACAGCUAAGCUUGUGGAAUGCUCGCAUUUUCCCAGUUUGUUGUUCUUUGAGUGAUUCAGUUACCACUUCUUUAAAGAUGUUAAGUGCUGUAAAAACCAAGUCAACAUUCAACUUAAAUAAUUAUAAGUUAAUGUCCAUUGAAGAGAUGCUGAUGUACAAGGAUAUAGAAGACAUGAUAACUUACAGGGAGCAAAUUUUUCUAGAAAUUACUGUAAACAAAAAGCAGUCUGACUUGUAAAUAUCUUAAAUGUUAUUUACUUUGCCUUUCUUUCAACAGGAUUAUGAAUACAGGUGUUUUCUGUGCUUUUCAUAUUUCUGGGAAGUCAAUUAAAAUUGCACUGCAACAUGAUUAUGUCAUAUCAUUGAUAACUCAAAAUAUACAU